AUGACGACAAUGACGGCAAUGACGGCAAUGGCGGCCGAUCCUCCCCGCAAACGACGAUCGUCCUUUUCCGAGAAUAUCCAGCGCGUGUUUCAUGUCGAUCGAUCCGAUAAGAGACGGCCAACCCUCGCUCCCAAUGGCAAGCCAUCUCAGGCACCCGGAACACCAGUGAAUGUUGACAGUCACGAUCCCAAGCCUGAGGCCAAUAGCCCGGGCACUCCAGGCCACUCGGGGCUUGACGAGACUGGUGUCAGCUCCUUUAGUUACUCAUCCUACAACUCUCGAAAGCCGUCCCUCGGUACUCCCGACUCCAGCGCCUCUGUCCAUCCGGUCACCUCCAAGGAUGAAGGCCAUUUCCCCGACCAAAUGGCACCCGCCGAAGUGAAGGAUCAAAAUGUAGAGCACGACCAUGUUGGCACAUCCCCUACAUGGCGAAAAGACACUACGCGCAAGGAGAGAAGGGCCACUCAGCGGCUGGAAGCCGAAAGGAAAGAGCUGGAGAAGCGUUUGCUUCGACUGGAAGAAUCUCAAGCUCGACUGGACCAAGGCAUCUAUGAGCGGCAAUCACGUCGUCUAAGCAAAAAACAGCCGCUUGGCAGCUCAAGUCGGUCAUCCAGUGCCAAUACCGAACGACCUCGCUCGUCCAGUCUGUCGGCCUUGUUCUCGCGCUCGAGGCGAGGAUCUCGAUCACGCGCCAGUUCUGCACACGGGAGUGACCGUGAUCGCCGUUCUAGUGACGACUUUCGUUUUGGUCCACCCAGCUUGCCUCUGGUACUUCCGGAGAGAUUUGGUACUGCUGUUUCGCGGGAGCUGGCCAAUAGGCACGGAACUGGUCUGGGGCAGCUACACUACCUGCCUCCCUUCAAGGCCCAGUCCGCUAAUCACUCUCUCCAUUCGUCUCACAAGUCCGACGACCUCCGUGAAAGCUGGAAGAUGGCAGAAGCUUGGCAGAAGCAACAUGGGAAUGCUGAUUUGAGCAGUGUGACAUCAAACCAACUGCAGUUUAUCGCUGCGGGCAACAGGCCCUGGACUGAGAUGCCUAAUCACCGGAAAGAUCAGCCAAACUCACUGGCAGCGAUGCAGCGCGAUGCGGAGCUUGAUCGGGAGAGAUUCACUACUGCUCUAAGACAGAACAAGCGGGCUUCGAAUCCGAUGCCAAGUGUCCAACUUCAGAGUAACUCUGCCUCUCGAAUGAUGGUACUCCCGCUGCAACACAAUACACCCGCAGACGGAAUUCAACAAGCUCACGGAUCUCCGCCUCCCAGGGUCCAUCCUGUUGACGGUAUGCUCAAUGUUCAGGGGUCCCCUGGCCCCUCCGUUAUUAGCCCUCCACCUGAAAUGUCGGGGAAUUUAGCAAACGCCUAUUCAAAGGCGUACAAGUCCUCGCCCUUGGCGAUGAACCCGAACACCACAAUUCCACCUCAUCGAGUUAAUGAAAUUACUACCCCAUGGACUGCAUCACAGCGAGACGCAAACCAAGUCUCUAUACCCAAGCCACUUCGAAUCUUCCGCCAGCCCCGGUCUCAGUACGGCGAGAAUCGAGAGCGCUUUGGGUCUUCGGUGCCUUCUUAUCUUCCUGCCCCGAACCAGCCUCGACAGAAUGCCAUUCAGGCUCCACCAAAUAGCUGUCUAGAUGCGAAACAGCAACAGAUCCCCCAAGAAGCCAAACGACCUCCACGAGUGAUACCGCCUCCCAAAAACCCUCGCCGAAGAAGUACUUCGGUAGAUCGAACGAAGUCAAUUGAAAACGAGAGUCCUAAUAAUUCAUCAUUGGUUAAUGCUGCUGGCAAUGGUUCCCCGGAGCAUGUUUCCCCACAACCGAGUGCGCAUGCUGAUAGCAACACUUGCACUAAAUUAAAUGGACCAGGUCACCUCCGAUCCCAAUCAGACCAGUCCUCGCGGGCAUCCAGCUACAACACAGCUGACGAGGAGGUUCUGGAUGUGCCUGCAGACCGGAAUUCUCGACAUAAACAUCAGGUUCCCGAGACCAGCUGCCCGGUAUCUCUUAACGUCCCGGAUGUCUCCCAAGAGAAGACAGUCAAUCAAAACAUCAAACCCGUCAACUUUCCAAGCAUCCCAUCACUUGCUCCAGACGGACCGCUCAGCUUACAGAAGAAGAACGCCAUGCAAAGAGCAAGGGUGCCUCGAAAGGAUGAAGUUGUAGCAAAGGCAUUUGUCAUUUGCUGUCAGUGCAAGUACUGGCACGAUAUGCCAUCGGAAGUGUACGCAAGGCUAGCGUGCCCGGCGCGGUUACCGUCUGAUUCUCGCUUCGCGAGAACUUUCUCGCGAAGAAAUUCUGUCAAAAAGGCUCUCUUUCCUCCAAACACCAAGGUCACACGACGAUUUCCGGUCCCAAGGCAGCAGACUUCGAACGACCCUCGUGGCGUACCAACUCACUCUGACGCAGGGGCUUCGGCACCGCCAACUUCCCAGCCACCAGCACUCUUGAACUCUCAGUGCUGCUGGUGUGGCCAUGGCAUGGGCAACUCUUGCUGUCAAGGCUGGUCAACGCUUGUCUCGAUGCGUGAACGAUUUCACUAA